UUUGCGGCAGAUGCGCAUUGUGUCACAUCUGUGCGCGUUUACUGAGGAUGUGGGGGUGACUCAAACCGACUUCGAUCGUUGCACACUUCCUUACGUAAACCUGUGAUUUCCGCCGUUGCAACUUUUUAACGAACAAAAAGUUUCUCAAUUUUGCAUUAGUUUGAUUUUUUAUAACGGGAUACACACGUCGCGCAUCCCCACGCUCCAAAACGACAACAAUAAAGUCACGUUUGAGGGUUUUUGUUUGGUUUUUUUGUUGUUGUUUCUGCGGUUUCGUGUGAGGUUUUAUCCCGGAUUUGGUUGCGGAUUUGCGGGUGAAAUGGGGAAGGAGUGGAGCCGGAGACGCGCCGCGGGGACGGGGACGUGCGGCCGGGACGCGCGGUGGGCUGUGGCCGCUCUCGGUGCGCUCUUCCUCGGACUGUUGGCCGCGAGCUGCGCCGCCGAGGACGCGUCCUGUCACGGAGCCUACGACCUUUACUUCGUCCUGGACAAGUCUGGGAGUGUGGCCGGAGACUGGACGCAGAUCUACUCGUUCGUGAAGAAUCUGACCGAUCGUUUUGUCAGCCCCAAAAUGAGAGUGUCCUUCAUCGUCUUCUCUGGUCAGGCUGCGCUCCUCCUCCCGCUCACUGGAGACCGAGGGAAGAUUGAAGACGGUCUGAGGCGCCUGGAGCAAGUGAAACCAGCCGGAGAAACUUUUAUGCACGAGGGACUGAAGAUGGCCCGGACGCAGAUCGAGUCUCAGGGUGUGAAAUCCUCCAGCAUCAUUCUGGCUCUGACCGACGGAAAACUGGAAGUGUUCAUCCACGAGCUCACCGUCAAAGAGCUUUUCGACAUCGCAGACACCAGAGACCAAGUGUUUCCCGUCAAAGAUGGCUUCCACGCGCUCAAGGGCAUCGUCAACUCCAUUCUGAAGCGUUCGUGCACAGAGAUCCUGAGCGUGGAGCCGUCCAGCGUCUGUGUGAAUCAAUCCUUCAACCUGGUGCUCAGAGGAAACGGCUUCGCUCUGGGCCGGAGCAGUGAGGGCGUCGUCUGCAGCUUCAUCGUCAACGAGCAAACCAUCAGUCAGAAGCCGAGUGAGGUUCAGAACGACUAUCUGCUGUGUCCAGCCCCGAGUCUCUAUGAAGUGGGACAGACCAUGGACGUUCUGAUCAGUCUGAACAAUGGGAAGUCCUUCAUCUCCAGCGCCUACACCAUCACCGCCACCAGCUGUUCGGACGGGCUGGUGGUCGGGAUCGUGUUCCUGGUUCUGCUGCUGCUUUUGGCCCUGGCGCUCAUGUGGUGGUUCUGGCCCCUGUGCUGCACCGUGGUCAUCAGGGAUCCUCCUCCUCCGCCUCCUCCGUCCAGACCUCCUCCACCGGAGCCUGAACCUGCAGCAAAAAAGAAAUGGCCGACCGUGGACGCGUCGUAUUACGGAGGAAGAGGAGCAGGAGGCAUCAAGCGCAUGGAGGUGCGUUGGGGAGAGAAGGGCUCGACGGAGGAGGGGGCUCGUCUGGAAAAGGCUAAAAACGCCAAGAUCUCCAUCCCUGAGGACGCGGAAGAACCCAUGAUCCAGAAACCCAAACCCAGACAUGCUCCAGCCCACCAGCCCCAGAACAAGUGGUACACGCCCAUCAAGGGUCGUAUGGACGCUCUGUGGGCUCUGCUGAGGAGGCAGUACGACAGGGUGUCCCUGAUGAGGCCGACAGGAGCAGACCAGGGACGAUGCAUCAAUUUCAACAGAGUCUCUCAUCAGUGAACAAAGAACCAGAGACUGAAGACCAGAGACCGAAGACCAGGAACCAAAGAACCAGAGCCAAGAGACCAGGGACCAGAGACCCGAGACCAAAGACAAGAGACCAGGAACCAAAAAAACAGAGACCCGGGACCAGAGACCAGGGACCAGGCCUCAUCACAUCUGCAGGAAAACCAAAACUUUUAACAAAUAAUUUCUAUUCUUAUCUUUUUAAUUCUACAAAUUGCUCCACCACACACAGAUAUUGUUUUCUUUAUUUGAAAAUUAUGUAAAAUCUGGUUUGUUUCCAAAAAUAUUCCCAUCAUAUUUUAACAUCAAUACAGCAGAACAGGAAAAAAAAAAAAAAUUAUUAUUAUUUAAAAAUAUUUUUAUUUUUAAUUCUACAAAUCUCCAUUUUGAUUUUUUUCACCCGACCAUGCACUUACAUUGUUUUCUUUAUUUAAAUGUGAUGUCAAAUCUGGUUAAUUUCCAAAAAUAUUUUUUUAGAAUCUGCAAGAAAGAAAAUCAGUUUUUGUAAAUUUUUUUAUAUCAUUUUAUUUUUAACUCUGCUCCACCACACGCUUGCUUUAUUUCAGAAUUAUGUCGAAUCUGGUUUGUUUCUUGAAAUAUUCCCAGCAGAUUUUAACAUCGAUACAACAGAACAAACAGGGAAAAAAAUUAAUAAUAAUAAUAUUUUUAUCAUUUUCAUUUUCAAUUUUACAAUCUUCCAUUUUGAUCUUUGACCUCACCACUCAUAUUUUUUCUUUAUUUACAAAAAAAA